AUGCAUAUCAUCAAGCUGAACUAUGCUUCCAUUUUAUUCGUACUUCUUCUCUCCAUCUUNCCAGGUCUUCAAGGACCACCAGGUCAACCCGGUCCACGAGGAGACAAUGGUCCACCUGGCCAACCGGGUCAACCAGGUUUACCAGGUUAUGUUGGACCUAAAGGUGAACGUGGUACACCAGGUAUGCCAGGUAUUGCCGGUAUUGCUGGUCCACCAGGUGCAAGUGGUCCUCCAGGCCCAGCUGGUCCAGGUCUUCAACGUACCGGCUUCAUGGUUGUACGUCACUCACAAUCCUCUCAGGUACCUGACUGCCCAUCUGGUAUGGUCAAACUCUGGGACGGCUACAGUUUACUUAUGAUGCAAGGAAACGAUCAUGGAUAUCACCAAGAUCUUGGCUCCGCUGGCUCAUGUCUACAGAAAUUCUCUGCAUUGCCAUACUUACGUUGUGAUCACACAAAUGUUUGCUACUAUGGUCAAACAAAUGAUUUAACAUACUAUCUAUCAACAACAGAACCAAUGCCAAUGAUGCCUGUUCAACGUGAUCAAAUUCGGCCAUAUAUUUCACGUUGUGCCGUCUGUGAAGCACCUGCUAAUGUUAUGUCAUUCCAUAGUUUAUCAAUGACACCACCACCAUGUCCAAAUGGAUGGAACAUUUUAUGGCAAGGUUACAGUUUCGUCAUGCAUCUUGGCCGUGGCGCACAAGGUGGCGGUCAAUCAUUGGCUAGCCCUGGUUCAUGUCUUGAAGAUUUCCGUGCAACACCAUUCAUCGAAUGUUCAGGAACAGACGGUAAUUGCAUGUAUUAUGCCAAUAAAUUCAGUUACUGGAUGACUGUUAUCGAUCAAAACAAUCAAUUUGAAGUACCACGUCAAGAAACAUUGAAAUCUGGUAAUCAUCGCAAUAAGAUCAGUCGCUGUACGGUUUGUUUGAAAACUCAACAAAGUAGUGGCCAAGGAGGUUUUCAAAAUGGAAAUUACUACGUCGGACAAACAUUAAAGAAACAUUAG